AUGUCUGGAUUCCCCGCGCAACAGCAAGCACAAGCUCGAAACGUCUCAUUGGCCUCCACACGAUUGCCAAAUGGAAAAUUAGGUGGCGCAGCCAAUUGGAACUUCAACCUCCCCGGAACAUCUACUCUACAAAGUAACCAGCAACGCACGAUGGGUACGAUGGGCACGAUGGGAAGCUUCGCGCAAAGCCUUGGUGGGUCCCAGCCGGCCGCACCACUAGAUUUAUCUGAGUUCCCUUCUCUAUCAGGCGCGCCACAGCAGUCACAAUCCCAGAAUCCUGGGCAACUCGUGUGGGCCAAUGCGAGUCAACGAGCUGCACAGCACACCCCGGUUCAGAGGCAACAGCACCCUCCAACGUCGCAACCCCCUUCUCGAGCUUCGCAGACUCAGUCACACCCCGCUCAGCAACCGUCCCAGCCUCCUCAUGAUAACAUGUUUCCUUCCGGUGCCCAAUUCGCGAAUCGGUUGGAUGACUUCAGGAAUGGCGGCCAGGGCAUCAGUAGCCAGCUAGGGGCAGUCAGUCAACCGCAGACAGGCAACAUUGAUGAGUUCCCUCCGCUGGGCCGAAAUGUCGCUGCCGAACUGGUUCAAGACCGUGGAAGCUCACUGAUGCAAGGUGCGAGCUUUGGGGGUUACAACACUGGUAUUGGGACAUCACGGUCACCGGUUAACCAGGGGCCUAAUGGGGUGCUGGGGGAGAAAGAACAGGACUUAAACAACACCCUGAUGUCAGGUCAACGCAACUUCAGCGAUCCGCAACAACAAUUGCAACAAAGACAGCAGCAAUCAAAUGAGGGCCAAGAAGUAGCCGCUACUUCCCAGAGUGCGGAACAACCGCCUCUUGCGCAGAUGAGCGAGUUGGACCGGUUCGGACUGAGUGGCCUCUUGCGCAUGAUUCACAGCGAAAGCCCCGACGUGGCCAGUCUCGCGGUCGGCCAAGAUUUGAUGACUCUGGGUCUAGACUUAAAUCAGCCUGAACCUCUCCACACCUCAUUUGCCUCGCCUUUCGUAUCCUCUAUGUCCGCUGUCCCCCUGGAACAGGACUUCUCUUUGCCUGCAUGCUACAAUGUUGCCAACAUCCAACCUCUUCAGUCGCGAAUUCCCGGGUUCAGCGACGAAACUCUUUUCUACAUCUUCUACAGCAUGCCUCGUGAUAUUAUGCAGGAGUUGGUUGCGGAAGAAUUGAUGGGUCGUAAGUGGCGGUAUCACAAGCUCGAGCGAUGUUGGUUGACUCGCGAUGAAACCUACCCUGGCCCUGUCGACGUGGAACGCGGUGUGAGCGAGCGUGGAGUCUACCUUCUAUGGGACCCAGCCAGCUGGAAGAAAAUUCGGCGCGAGUUUAUCCUCCGAUACGAAGAUUUGGACAACCGACUGGAUCCCAACCGCGGAGUGACCCGCGCAGCUGUUGGGCCGACACAUUCUUCAUGA